UACGAUCGGGCUGUGUCAGAGAGCGAAUGAAUAUUCAAGUUAAAUUUUAAAAUGUUGUAAAAACACACGAGGAGGUGGAGAGCGAUGAGCACGCGAUGUGUCAGCACCUUAUCGCGUUUAAAUUUACUCUCUUUUCCACGGGGAGUGUUUGCCUAAACGUCAAUUGUGCUUAUCAAAAUCGAAAUCUCUUUCGGGCAAUACAAUGUACAGUCUGUGGAAAAAUUAUUAAAUAAAUACAGCGGUGGCUACUUAAGAAUGUAAUGAACGAAAUAUUAAAAGUUAAAGACCCAAAAGAGCCCUAAAAAGAAACAAAACUAAACAUAUGCAUUAAUUUAAAAGCGUUACAAAUUAAAAACAAAUUAUACAAAUAGUAUAAAAUGGUGAAAAGGAAGCAUAAAAAACGAAGGCUAAUAAACCUUAUGAGCAUUGUCAAUUAUAGCACUAGAACUAUCUUAUCUCUCAAAAAUCAAUACUAAUGCAAAGAAGAAUUACAUACAUAAAAUUGAAGGUAAAUUAACUGCUUCUCAAUUGCAUGAGCACUGUGCAUAGCUUAAAGUGACCUUAAAGUUGUGAAACCCACUGUGUGAAGACAACCGAGUUGAAGACGCUUUUCACAGCCCGUGUGCCAGCACAAUUCGCACAAUUCGAUUGUUUGUGUUUUGAAGUCGCGUGCUGAAGUCGAAGCUAAAACUGAAGUUGGAGCUGGAACAAUAUGCUGGUGACGGUGCGUCCAUGUGACGUCUUUCAAGUGCAGCCGCAAGUGGUAAAGAAGCAGCCAAAGUUUCCCAGCCGCGAGCGCCACAUGGCCAUAAGGCGGAAAAAGUCCACGGCCAUGGUCACGACCACGUCAGAAAGCACAGCAAAAUGUCCGGAACAACGGAAAACCUGCCAAUCUUGCAAAUGUCCUCGCGAGGCGCAUGCCAUCUACCAGCAACAGACGACCAACGUGCACGAACGACUCGGCUUCAAGCUGGUAUCUCCUGCGGAUUCCGGAGUGGAGGCACGGGACCUGGGCUUCACGUGGGUGCCGCCCGGAGCACGGGCAUCGUCGCGGAUCAACCGCUACUUCGAGCAGCUGCCGGAGGAGGCGGUACCUCGGUUGGGAAGCGACGGAGCCUGCAGCCGGGAGCGCCAGAUCUCGUACCAGCUGCCCAAACAGGAUCUUUCGCUGGAGCACUGCAAGCACCUGGAGGUGCAACACGAGGCUUCCUUCGAGGACUUUGUUACGGCGCGAAACGAAAUCGCACUGGAUAUAGCCUACAUCAAGGAUGCCCCCUACGAUGAGCAUUGUGCGCACUGUGAUAACGAGAUAGUCGCCGGCGAACUGGUGGUGGCGGCGCCCAAGUUUGUGGAGAGCGUGAUGUGGCACCCCAAGUGCUUCACCUGCAGCACCUGCAACUCGCUGCUGGUGGACCUGACCUACUGCGUCCACGACGACAAGGUCUACUGCGAGCGUCACUAUGCGGAAAUGCUGAAGCCCCGCUGCGCUGGCUGUGAUGAGUUAAUUUUCAGUGGCGAAUACACAAAAGCCAUGGACAAGGACUGGCACUCCGGACACUUUUGCUGCUGGCAGUGCGACGAGAGCCUCACCGGACAGCGUUACGUCAUCCGGGACGAUCAUCCGUACUGCAUCAAGUGCUACGAGAACGUGUUCGCCAAUACGUGCGAGGAGUGCAACAAGAUCAUUGGCAUCGACUCGAAGGAUCUUUCCUACAAAGACAAGCACUGGCAUGAGGCAUGCUUUUUGUGCUUCAAGUGCCAUUUGUCGCUGGUGGACAAGCAGUUUGGAGCCAAGGCGGAUAAGAUCUACUGCGGAAACUGCUACGAUGCCCAGUUUGCGUCCCGUUGCGAUGGCUGCGGCGAAGUUUUUCGCGCAGGCACCAAGAAGAUGGAGUACAAAACCAGGCAAUGGCACGAGAACUGCUUCUGCUGCUGCGUCUGCAAGACGGCCAUCGGCACCAAGUCCUUCAUCCCGCGGGAGCAGGAGAUCUACUGCGCCGGCUGCUACGAGGAGAAGUUCGCCACGCGCUGCAUUAAGUGCAAUAAGGUCAUCACCUCGGGAGGUGUUACCUACAAGAACGAGCCGUGGCAUCGCGAGUGCUUCACGUGCACCCACUGCAACAUCACGCUAGCUGGCCAGCGAUUCACCAGCCGCGAUGAGAAGCCCUACUGUGCCGAGUGCUUUGGCGAGCUGUUUGCCAAACGUUGCACGGCCUGUGUGAAGCCCAUAACAGGCAUUGGCGGCACACGCUUCAUCUCGUUUGAGGAUCGCCAUUGGCACCACGACUGCUUCGUUUGUGCCAGCUGCAAGGCUAGUCUGGUGGGUCGUGGCUUCAUCACCGACGGACCCGAUAUUCUGUGCCCCGAUUGUGCCAAGCAGAAGCUGAUGUAAGCCAUCUGCAACGAGUCAGGAGGUUGAAGAGCUGUGGAGGAGCCAGCUUAAAUUAGCCAUAAACAAGUUCAACGAAAUUAUGGAUCAAAUCAGAGGGAUACAAGUGGAAAACGAUGGAGAGGAAGAUGGAGAUGGAGAUGGAGAUGGAGAUAUACAACACAUGUAUUAAAACGAUAUACAAGAGAAGAUAAUGCCUUAUACUUACAUUAGAUAUGAGAGAAAUUAGCUGAACCAGGAGGAGAAGAAGAUGAGUCCUACUAAAUCAAAAGCAAAUCAAAUUUUGUAAAACUUCAAGUCGAUAGAGUUAGCUAAAGUCUAUGAUAACUUUGCUUUGUCUUCACUCGGAUAGAACAGCACAUCAGAUUGUAUAGAAACUUAUUAUUUGUAAUUGCAUUUCAGAACGAAAUCAAAAUCACUAAACAAACAAAAAAAAAAUCGAAAAAAAAAACCCAAAAAAAUCAAUAUGAAAUACUGAACCAAUUGUAACUAUUGUUGCCACAUUGAAAAAUGUAUGUUUAUUUAUUUAUUUUAAGUUUUAACAAAGCAAUGAGCGAGCCGAAUGCGAUGAAAGUUUCCUAACCGCUGGUUUCCGUUCUAAACAGUUCUAUUGUAUUAAAAACCACACACGAUUUAUGUUUGAUAUGUAUUGUAUGUUUAUUAAACAGGAACAGAAGCAGAAACAGAGAACAACACACACGCACACAGAUACAAACACAAGUCCUAGCAAUUUAAUUGUUUAGCUUAUAUUAUUUUCGUUUCGACAUUUUGGUCCUUCUACGUAUGUUAGAGACUCUGCUUACUUGAAGCACUAAAUACACACACACACACACACACAAAUAAUAAUGAUAAUUGCGACACAACAUUAUAUCAAUGUCCUUAACUAUUUAAUGAAAUUCAAUCUAAAUAAAUUAAUAAAUUAUCAAUGAAA